AUGGGAAGACCAAUAAUUGAAUCUUAUCCUGAAUAUUAUGAUUUUAUAAAAUAUUGUUAUGAACGAGUAAAGUCAACUGGGAAAGGGUUUUUUCAUUAUUAUCAAUGUAUUCCACUUUAUAAUGAUGGUUAUAUUGAAGAAACUUACUUUAAUUUUGGAUUGAGCCCAAUUUUUAAAAAGGAUGGCUCAUUUUGUGCUUUGCUUAGUAUAGCCUUUGAAACAACUGACACAGUUUUAGAAAUUCGAAGGCUGAAAUCUCUUAAUAACAUGGGAGAUAGGCUUAAUGGUUACGCAUGCAAGAUUAUGGUUUCAACAUUACGUGAAAACGAUAGAGAUUUUCCUUUCGCUUUGAUUUAUCUUGUUGAUAAUAAUAAAUUAUCUUCCGGUUUUCAACCUCAUACUGCUCGUUUAGUAGCUACCACAUUUAAUAAGUGCAAUGAAUAUAUGUAUGAUAAAUUAUUGGAGACACCUGAAACAGUUGAUCUAAGUAAAAAUGCUGAUGAAGAUUAUGACGAAUAUGUAGGCGUAAGAUGGCCAACAACUGAAAAUAAAAAUCUAACAUUUAGAGGACAUACAAUAAUUGCUUUAUCUGAAGGUUUAAAUGCAAAGAGAAUAAAACAUACUGAAAAAGGUGGAGUUGUACUGAAAGUUUCUUUAAAGUCACAGCAUUUUACAGAUAAUGUUAAAAAAAUAGAGUUAUUAGUUGAAUCAAGUGAUACUGGGUUUGGAAAUGUUGAAGAUGAUGUAGUUAGGAAAUUAAAUUUCAGAAUUUUAGAUAGCAAUAAUUUAGGAAGUGGUAUUACUAUAGAACAUAAUACUCCAAGGCAUAGAAUAUCAACGAGUUUCAAUAAUGAAAAAAGUGGUUUAAGUAUAGACAAUAAACCUAUAAACUUUAUGCAAAAAUCUGAAAACAAUGAUUAUUCAGCAUUAGAAUCAACUGGUCAAGAAGCAAUUGACUCGCUUCAUUUACAGCUUAAAUCAUUAACAAUCUCUGAUUUAUCUGUUUUAAAAGAUAAAUUAGAAUAA